CUCCUGGGAAAUGCAGGCGGAAUGGACCUCUCCAGCGCAACAUAAUGCAUUUUUUAUAAGACAAGUUAAGUAUUCGCAAAGGUAAAAUACAACCUCAACGUUCGUGGUGCUCGCAGUAAUGAACAGUGCGGGAGCAUUCCGCGGAGGAAAUUCAGCCCGAACAGUGCUGCAUGUACCAGCAUGCGGCUCCACGGGUCUUGCUAACGAACCACCAGACCUUGGUUAUGAACCAAGCUACCUUCCCAAGCGUCUACUGCUUGAAUUCGGACGCUUCGGUCUUGAUCGUCCCGCCAAUAUUCGUUCCAUUCUCCAGCCUCGGGAAAAUCACAGCCUUGUCGUCGGACGCAAUGCCGUUGGUGCUGGCUUCUGCAGACUGGGGGUAAACAAGGCUGUAGAUAUAGCGGCUGGCAAAAAAGGCGCCAAGAGCCCACAGCCAGGCGAGCACGCCAACGCUGACUGUGAAGAAGAGGACUGGCACCAGGAAGCAGAGCCCUACGCCGACCCAGAAGAAGGUGAAGCACAGGGCGGAUACAAGAGCAAGGCAGAGUGUGGAGACGGCGAAGCUAAGGAAGAAGACGACCGGGAUGAAGGAGAAUACCAAGUUGAAGAGGAUGAAGCUAGUCAAUAUGGGUCGCGUGGACGCCAGGUCGGCAGACCUCUGAUAAUACUUUUGGCGGACGGCAGGGUCAACGACGCGGUCGACAGUAUCCCUGCCGUAGGCAUAGGCGCUCGAGGCAGUGGCUCUCGCCCUGGCGCUGACGUCGUCUGCUCCCAUGGUGAGCUGCGAGAGAAAGGCUGGGACCUGGUCUGGAGAACACGUGGUGGGGCGUGAGCGCUGCUGGGAUGCGAUGAGGCUGCAGGUUGCAGGUUGCGCACGGGUGGGCACGUCGGUCGCCGCGUGGGUUUGUGGCUACAGCGCCGAGCAGGGUGGUCCAAUGGAGUCCAGGUAGAAAUGCCUCGCAGGUGUUGGCGUGCUCGUGAGGUAGACAAUGACGAUGAUGGAAUAGCUACAGAGUGUCGGGCGGAUGGUGAGCAGAGCGAGGGCCUGGCGUGCGAGAUGAGGCGAGGUCUGUCUGUCGCGGCUUGACUGGACCC